AUGAUCAAGGCCUAUUAUCGCCCCAACCCUGCGGGAGUCCUGGUCCGCGACUGUCUUUCCCAACCAUUUUGUAUUCGCUCUGACGAUCGACAGGGUUGUAUUCUGUCGCUCAUGCUAUUUAACUACUCUAUUGACUGGAUUCUCGGGAGGGCCCUGCAGGAAGGUGACGAUGUUGAGUUUGUACCCGGACACCGACUGACUGAUCCCGACUUUGCCGAUGAUAUUGCCUUACUUUCCUCAACUUUUGGUGAUCAGCAAUCUCUGGUGUCGCGGGUGAACGAGGUCACUAAAUCCAUCGGUUUAUCCAUAAACGCUGGGAAAACUAAAGUGUUUUCAAGCUGCAUCCCCGACCAGCGAAUCUCCAGCGCCACUAAGAUUUGCGUGUGCCGUGCGUCUGUCCAGUCUGUCCUUCCUUAUGGUUGUGAAUGCUGGGUUGUGCGCGUGGAGGACGAGCAAGGACUGCUUGAGGACCAUCCUUCGAGCGAAGUACACCGACUUCGUUUCAAAUGAGACAGUCAGCACUCGCUGGAACAAUGUCGUAAGGAUAACCCAGGCCACCCAAGAAAGAGGACUGGGUGGUUUGGGCAUGUUCAUCGUCGUCCAUUUCAGGAGCUCAGUGUUACUGUCCUCGAUCUGGUGCUGUUACUCCAUUGGAGGCGUCGAAGAGGGGGUCAACUCAAGACCUGGCCUAACACAGUUUGCCAAGACAUGGAAGUGGUUCUUGGACCUUCGGUAUUCAGUCUCCAUUGCUUUCGAAGAGGGUGGAUUGAACUGUCCAGAUCUGCUGCCGUGGAUCGUCACGCUUGGAACGGUACAGUUCGGGACAUUAUCUAGGCCGGCUACAUCAGGCAUAAUCGCAGCCGUACCAAGUACCAGAUGGCCGCUCCAUCGCAGUUGCAGUUGUCUCAGCAUGGCGUUGAUGCUGAGCAUUCCGGCCCGUUCAAGGAUUUCGGCGUUCGGGAUCCUGUUCUGUCAUCUCAGUUUAAGCAUUCUGCGAAGGCAGCUGAUAUGGAAGUGCUUGAGCUUCCUGGUAUGGUUUGCAUACGCGGUCCAGGUCUCCGCUUCGUACAAGAGUGUCUUAGAGGGGACGACCUUGUAUAUCUUCAGUUUGGUGUUCAUUUGAAGGCCGUGACAAUUCCACAUGGAACUCUGCAGUCGGCCAAAGGCAUGACCGGCUUUGGAAAUCCGGUGGCCCGCUUCGUCAUCGAUUCUCGUGCUGCAGAAAAGUGGGCUUCCUAG